AUGAAACACCAGUUGUUUGAAGCGACCGAAACUCAGGGAACUAUUUAUAAUCUAAUUCCUGGCAAACUAUACGUCUUUCAAAUCCAAGCGCACACUAAAGUAGGACCCGGACAUAAAGCCCUUUGUGAGCAGGUUAUGCCCAUAUGGUCUGCACCCCCGCCCGCAGACAAUGUGUUCCCCACAGAAGUGGCGCAUACGUCCACCUCUAUUAGGAUUAGGUUCAGAAAGAACUACUUCUCCAAUAUGUAUGGACCCGUCAAUGCGUUUGCAGUGAUCGUAGCAGAGGAUGACACGGUUCCGUCCAACCACUUGGAUCUCCCCUCUUGGCACGACGUCCAGGAGUACUCUUCGUGGCCACCAUAUCAGGCAACCGAAGCCUUCUAUCCCUUCAAUGCAACUAUUAUUGAAGACUUCACUAUCGGCGCAGAGGAUUGUUCAUCAAAUAGUGGUCGCAAGUACUGCAACGGACCUCUAAAACCCGGAACUGUUUACAAGAUUAAAAUCAGAGCCUUUACGACAUCAGAAAAGUUCACGGAUACUGUCUACUCGUAUACCAUAUCCACAGACCCCGACAAUACCGCUCUCUAUUUGGGAAUAUUUAUGCCUUUAGUUCUGUUGGUAUUAUUGGUUGUAAUCGUUGUUUAUCUGAAACACCGAAGACUCGGACCCUUCAGUGCCACUAAAAAGACGAGUAAUACUCAUAACAAUGGAAAAGAGGACACCCUUUCAAUCGCCGAAAGCGAACUCAUAACGAGUCGACCCAUAAAACUGAAGGACUUCUCCGAACACUUCCGCAUAAUGUCAGCCGAUUCUGACUUUAGGUUCUCCGAAGAGUUUGAACUUCUCAAACAUGUCGGACGGGAUAAGCCGUGCAAUGCGGCCGACCUUCCCGUGAAUCGACCCAAGAAUCGGUUCACAAAUAUCCUUCCGUACGAUCACUCGAGAGUCAAACUCUUGCCCACUGAUGACGAGGACGGCUCUGACUUUAUUAAUUCCAAUUACAUCCCCGGGUAUAACAGUCCCCGAGAGUUCAUCGUAACUCAGGGACCACUUCACAGCACUAGAGAUGACUUCUGGCGCAUGGCGUGGGAACAGAACUCCAGAGCUAUUGUUAUGCUUACGAGAUGUAUAGAGAAGGGCCGAGAGAAGUGCGACCACUACUGGCCGUAUGACACACAACCGUCCUUUUAUGGUGACAUUCAGGUGACCAUUCUUAACGAAUCGCAAUAUCCCGAUUGGACUAUCGCUGAGUUCAAAGUCAUGAGAGGCGAUCAGUCGAGAAUUGUGCGUCACUUCCACUUCACCACUUGGCCUGACUUUGGAGUCCCAGAACCGCCUAAAACUUUGGUGAAGUUUGUCAGAGCUUUUAGGGAGAGAUGCUCUCCAGACAGCAAUAAACCGAUUAUAGUUCACUGUUCGGCAGGUGUGGGCCGAUCCGGUACUUUCAUUGCUUUGGACAGAAUCUUACAGCGAAUUAUUAAAUACGAAUCCGUAGACAUCUUCGGCAUUGUCUAUGAAAUGCGCAGAGAAAGGGUCUGGAUGGUUCAGAACGAGCAACAAUACAUAUGUAUUCACGAGUGCCUUCUCUGUGUACUGGAAGGCAAAGAAGAUCUGAUGGACUCUCCAAGACUUGAAAUGCAUGACAACCAGGGUUUCGAAGAUGACGAGGGUAUCGCCGAAUCGGGAAUUUAAUCACUCGAAACCAAUGUAAAUGAAUAUGAAUUGUAAUUUUGUUUACUUAAUUGGAUGCAACUAUUUCUCACAACUAUCUCUCCAU